UUCGGCCGGGGGGCCCCCCCCGCCAUAGACGACUAUUUGGAAUAUAAGAGAAUUGUAGGAGAAGAUGAUGGUGGGAAACUGUUUACCCCUGAAGAAUACGAACAAUACAAGAAACGAGUAUUACCAAUUCGGUUGCAAAAUAGAUUGUAUGUGAGCUGGAGAUCACCAACUGGCAUGGACUGUAAACUCGUGGGUCCAGAAACACCCUGUUUUUGUUCUCACAGAUAUAAACAACACAAAACAGACUUUGAAGUGAUUCCAAAAGAACGCCCUAUUUCUGUACCUUGUAGAGUGAGCCGAUGCCCGUGUAAAUCUUAUAAUUUUGUUCCUCUUAAUGGUACUCAGUCCAUCCGCUGUAGAUGUAAGCACUUUGCAGAUCAGCAUAGUCCAGCAACUGGAUUUCCAUGCAACGUGUGUUCCAAAUGUGCAGGGUUUCACAGUUGCUUUACUUGUGGAUGUGGCCAGCCAGCAUAUUCUCAUGAAACAAUAGUGGAAACAAAAGAGGAACGUUUAGCCCAAGGAAAGCCAGUUGGGCAAGAUGUCCCUUAUGCUGCAAUGGGGGGACUAACAGGUUUUAGUUCCCUAGCAGAAGGCUACAUGAGACUUGAUGAUAGUGGACUAGGAGCACCUUCCGCUCAAUUCUUAGAAGCUCCUGUAACCAACAUGGAUAAUCCAUUUUUAAAAGCAUUCCAAGGUCCUUCCAGUUCCAUGCAGGCAGGAUUCCAGUUAACAGAUGGAGGUACAAGUACAGCAAUGCAGGCUUCCAGUUUAAGGCAAACUGAAGAAGAUGACAUGGCUUACUUUGAAAGACAGUAUCAGACACGGUUGAAACAAGAGAAGGCAAGAGAACAGAAAGGAAAAGGUCCUAUACCACCGAAGACUCAAGAUCAUCAAUAAUACAAAAUACGUAUUUUAUUGUCAUUUAUAAGCAUAUCUCUAUAUUUCUCUAUCCUCUAUAUAUAUUCAGUGACUAUAGUAUGUUUAUUUUUCCAUAUCAAUUUUGUUAUAUUUACCACAGUUAAAAUAAUAUGAUAGUGUGCCUUUUUUCAGGCACUGAAGCAAAAUAAUGCUAUUCUAAUUUUGCAUAUUCAAAAAUCAGCAAUGGAAAAACUGUAGGUUUCAUUGCAGAAGACUACUGUGAACACUGAGAAAUAUCUCUUCGGAAGAGUUUUAUCAUCUUUGAAAGAAUUUUAUCAUCUAUAUACAUUUGCAUUUUAUGAAAAGAGUGGUUUUGUUUUCUGUAUUUCAAGAUUUUAAAAUGUUGAUAGUAAUAAGGAAAAAUGAAUAUUCAUUACAGUUGAACUGAUUUACCUAAAAGUAAUGCAGCAAAAAUGUGGUUGACAGAUUAUUGUAUAUGCAUUGGAUUGGACCACAUAUAUCUGUCUUGUUUUUUUUAAUAGCCUAUCGCUUACUAUAGAUGAUAACUGAAAAUGGACCUUAAUUUCUUAUAACAAUACUUCACUUUUGUUAUGGACUAAGCAUUUUAAAAGUCAGAGCAUUUCUCAUCAUUUGUUGAUGAGGACUUUCUAGAUGAGACUUCUUAAAAAUACAUACCAUUUCUCUUCUUCCUCUCAACAAUCUUUUUGAAAUGGGGGAGAGAGAAGAAAAUGUAAGAGGAUUGGUAAUGCAUAUGUCACUAAUUAGCCUUUUUAGACUAUCCCAUAAACUUCUAUUCAAAAAGCAGAAACUGACACUGUACGCUGUGAAUGGAUAGCAGAUGGCAUUAAUAUAUGUAAAUGGCUCUAUCGUUUGCCCCUGUAAAAUGAGAGAUGCAUAUUCAGUGUUUGAGGGAAACAGGUGAACUGUUUCAAUAAAAUUUUCCAGUGACAGUGCACACAAUUAGGUUGUAAGUCUGAACUUAACAAAAAUACAAUAGAAACAUCAGGGUUUUUUUGGCUUAACUAUUAGCCUGGCUUCACAAGAUUAUAUAAACUGCUUGUCUUACCUUUUAUUUGGCUAAUGUGUAAAAAAGGUAUCUUUACACUCACUGUAGAGUUCCUUCUUAGGGCAAUUCUGCACAGCAGGUUUAGGGUUCUUGUCUGCCAGAAUGAUACUAGCUGGAAAUGAAGCUUCCUAAAAAAGUCACUGUCCAGAUUUGAAGUUUUGGCAAUUACACUGGUCAGGUUUCCUUUCCAGAAGAGAGUUACCACAGCCCCUGAUCAGUAGAUUCUCCUGCUUCUUUACCCCAUCUACCCAUGCCAGGAAAGCAAACAGCAAUCACUUUCUUUUUUGUGGGUCUUUGGAGAUGUGGUUUCCACAGCAAAUAAAGUCCACCAGUUAUAGAAUCAGCGUUGGAAGGGCCUUAGAAGUCAUGUAGUCUAGCUCACUGCAGGAGCUGGUUGCUUGUAAUGAGCAUUUUAAUGCUCUGCUUGUGCAGAAAACCACAUAUCCCAUUCUUGUCACUUGAGCUACAAGAGAAAACUGGCAAACUCUCAUCGAUUUCACUGCCAAGGUUUCCCAGUUCACUGGAAUGUGUGUACAGUAUGGGGGAAUCUUAAUACCUCUAUGUCCAGAAAUCUUCAAAUCCCCAGCUGAAUUGGGAUGAUUCCACUGAGGCUGAAAUAAAGAGGCUAAACAAACUUUUACUGGAUAAAUCCUUCUAUAUUUUACAUGGUUUGCUCUCCUGUUAAAUGCCUGCCUGCCUGCCUGCCUGCCAAAUACCUGGCAGUUUCAACUAUUCCCAACUAGUUUUGUUUUGGUGGCACCAGGGCUGCAUUGGAAAUCAUGGCGAUUGUAGGCAUUACGAUCCUGAAAGCUUGCAGGCUAGCUUUGCUACUUCUGCCUGCUGAUUAAAAAGUAGCCUGUAACCCAAGUGAAAAGGGAUCUCUGAACUGCAUUUAUGUGAGACUAGUUUAAAAAGAAAAAAAGGACCCACCUUUUCAACAAGCACUGGCAAACUCUGCACAACACUUUGUGAGUAUGGGAAAAAGAGGCAGUUUUACCUAGGAAGAUUCUGUCUAAAGGGAGUCAGGAAAUUCAGCUACCGAGGAUGAAACAUACACAAUGUAGUGACCAGAGGGGAGGGGGCAUGCCCAUCAUAGCAUAUAGUACCCAAUUGGGGUGGAGGCAUUUGACCACAAAGAAAUGAAGGGCACAGAUGGUCAGAGCAGCUUCUGGCAGAUGUGGGAAAACACUACUUUCAACAUGGAGCAAAGCAAGAGGGGCAGAUCUGCCUUCACGGUGGGCUGGGGUUGGGUGCCUAUUCUGGAGAAAAGUGGAGCAAGUAGAACACCAGGACAAGUAGGAUGUGCAGAUAGGCCCUUAUUGCUGAUGGAUGCUUUCUAAUCUUGUGUAUGUAUCCUGCUUUUUAGCUUUGCAGUUCCCUCUUUGUAUGCUGGUGCAAUGCAGUAAUAAUAUUAAUAAA